GGGAGAUAAACACAGUUACCAAACCCCCUACCUCUGAGCAGAUCUUCCUUUAAGGAUGUCCAGAUCCGGACCUUUCAGUGUCACAUCUGUCAUCUCAACAACAGGAACCUUGUGUGUGCCUCUAUUCCAGUUGGUGCUCUCGGACAUACCGUGUGAAGAAAAAGAAAUGUGUGUAAAUUAUAAUGGUCAACACCCUAAUGAUUGGUAUAUCUGGGUCCUGCUGCUGGUGUCCCUGGCGGCCCUUCUCUGCGCAGUCGCGCUCUUCUGCCUACAGUGCUGUCUGAAGAGGGCCCGGGUUGCCUCCCAGAGACGCACCGUGGCUGUUUUUGCUGUUGCAGACGCAGAUCCGGUUUAUGGGACAGAAGCAGCUGUGAGUCCAACUGUUGGAAUUCGCCUUCAAACCCCAAACCCUGAACUGUACCCUGUUCCAUGUUUUGGCACUUUAAACCCCCCACCUUCCUAUGAAGAAAUUCUAAAAACAAAUCAAUUUUAGAACUGGAUCAUCAAUUUAAAUUAUCAGAAACAUUUGUAAUUCUAAAGCAUCAAGUUUAGGAAUAAUUAUUUCAUUUAGUGAAAAUUCCCAGAGAUCUAUUAUUAUAUUCUGAAAAAAGACAAAUAGACAAAAGAACGGGUGCUGGGAAACGCUUUUAUCAUGGAGAUGUUUAAACAGUGAGUCAGUGGACUCUCGGUGUAUCACAGCUGCGUUAUCAUUUUAUGCUACACAAUAAAGUUAAUGUAUCUCCAUUAGUAUCCAAAUAGGCAGUAAUUAGGUGCUAGAACUAGUCUCCAUCACAUGUAAGACUCCAUGGCAGAACAUACCAUGCCAUUCUUUGCCUCAAUAUUUCCAUCUUAAUCUGCUCUCUCUCCCAGUGUGGAGUCCAAACAAAUUAUUAUAAUUUAACAAUUGUUCAAGCAGAGAUUCAGAUGUGUUUAGACCUAGGACCAGAAAGAGAAUAUUUGAAUUAGUGUGAGGAGAGAGAGAAGGAAGAAACAAAGUUUAGAGUUGAAGGGUGAAAGAUAAACGAAGAGGAAAGAUUACGAGUCUCAGUUUAGGAAGUUUUAUGCCUUAGCCAGAGGAAGGAGAAAUGUUAGAUGGAAGCUGAAGGACAUUGCUUAAGACACAGAGUGUGUGUAUGGCCAAUACAGGGAGAAAGGAAGGGUUCCAUUUUACACUGGUGAAUGUGAGCUGCAGAGCCCUCAGCCUUCCCUCGUACCUCAAGGUUUGGCAUUUAUUCCAACAUCACGAUAAUAACCUUUGUUAUCCAAGUCAGUGUUCUCAUGGAAGACUCAGACUGCAGAAGUAGCAGUGAGACAUCUUCAAGUGGCGUUUUGUUAGCGUCCAUCAGCAGUGGGGCAGGAGAAGAAAUCCCCGGCAGAUCCCACAUGGACUUCAGCUGAAAUUUGUUGAACAAAACCAUUGACAUCCCCACUUGGUCAUCAGUAGACACCUAAAGUGUAACUUGGCCAAACUUAUCUCCUCAUCUUAUUUUCCAAAAUCUGUUUUAUCCAAACCUUUCCCAUCUCAGUCCAUGGUAACUACAACCUUCCUAUUGCUCAGGCUGAAAAACUUGAAGCCAUCUUUGAGUCCUCUCUUUGUGUUACUUCCCCCAUAGAUUUUGUCAAAAAUCUUGUGGACACUACCUUAAACUAGUUUAGAUUCUAAAUCAUUCCUACUUAAUCAUAUGCAUCUAAUGACCUCUGAGCAGCUAGACUCAUCUAUUUGCUGUGGCCUUUCCCUCCUGUGCUCCAUUUGCAACACAAUAAUCAGAGUAAUCCUUGUGUAAUAGACUACUAUAGAGCAGUUUUAAGUCCACAGCAAUAUUGAGAAGAAAGCACAGACGUUUCCCAAAUACCCCAUUCCCCCACACAGGUAUCGUCUGCCAUUAUCAACAUCCCCUGCUAGAGUGCUACUUUUGUUACCUCUGAUGAGCCCACAUUGACCCAUCAUGAUCACUCAAAGUCUCUCGUUUAUAUUAAGGUUCACCAUUGGCGUUGUCUAUUUUACAGAUUUAACAAUUCCAUAAUGACAUGCUUUCCCCAUUUUAGUAUCAUACAGAGUUGUUUCACUGCACUAAACUAUCUUCUGUGCUCAGACUACCCAUUCUUCACUCCCUUCUAAAUCCUGGCAACCACUGAUAUCUUUACUAUCUCCAUUGUCUUUGCCUUUUUCAGAAUGUCUUGUAGUUGAAGGAAUACAAGUAUGUAGGAUUUUUAGAUUAUCCUCUUUAACAUAGUAAUAUGCAUACAAAUUUCCUCUGUGUCUUUGCAUGGCCUGAUAGCUCAUUUCUUUUCAGCCCAGAAUAAAAUUUCGUUGUCUGUAUGUUUACUGAAGUACAUCUUGCUUGCUUCCAUGUUUUGGCAAUUAUGAAUAAAGCUGC